AUGAUAGUUAAGGGACAUUGUGGUGGAUUGAUAGUUAAGGGAUAUUGUGGUGGAUUGAUAGUUAAGGGAUAUUGUGGUGGAUUGAGAGUUAAGGGAUAUUGUGCUAGAUUGAUAGUUAAGGGAUAUAGUGAUGGAUUGAUAGUUAAGGGAUAUUGUGGUGGAUUGAGAGUUAAUGGAUAUUGUGGUGGAUUGAAAGUUAAGGGAUAUAGUGGUGGAUUGACAGUUAAGGGAUAUGGUGGUGGAUUGAUAUUGACAAUCUUUGGACAUUGUGGUGGAUUGAUAGUUAAGGGAUAUUGUGGUGGAUUGAGAGUUAAGGGAUAUUGUGGUGGAUUGAGAGUUAAGGGAUAUUGUGGUGGAUUGAUAGUUAAGGGAUAUUGUGGUGGAUUGAGAGUUAAGGGAUAUUGUGGUGGCUUGAGAGUUAAGGGAUAUUGUGCUAGAUUGAUAGUUAAGGGAUAUAGUGGUGGAUUGAUAGUUAAGGGAUAUUGUGGUGGAUUGAUAGUUAAGGGAUAUUGUGGUGGAUUGAUAGUUAAAAUCAAUACAUGUAGUUGA